CGCGCGAAUUACGGGUUGGCGUUUGGACAAACGUCGCGGAACCGACCCCGCGUUUUUUAAUUCACACAUCGGCACAACGGCGCCGUGUGGCUCCAUUCAAAUGGCAUCCUCCAGUUACCGUGGCCACCCCAGCGAUUGACUGCGCACAGCCGCGGCGAUAAUUUAACAUUGUUUACACAAUUCGCAGAUUAUUUAAAUAAUAAUAAAAAACCUUUUUCAAUAACAUUUUUUUUCCACACUGAAUUUGCAAAUGUGGCUUGAGGCCCGUGUUGGGGCCUAGUGCAGGGGAGUGCGGCCGGGCUCGGCUUGAAUGUCCCGGCCAGGGGAGAUGGAAGUGGAGGCGGUGGAGUCUCCAGGCGACGCCGGGGAUCCCGACCUCGGGGACGGGGCGGCAUUGAGGCGAUACAACAGCGCGCCCAUGAUCAACAACAUCGGCAGAGAAGGGAGCCCACUGUCUCUCGCGAGCGACGGAAAGAGUCGGAGAAACAGCGGCGGCUUCCUGAGCCGACAGGGAACGGCAACACCACCGUCACCUGGCAGAGUAAUGAGCAGUCGUGUCAACCAGAUUAAACAGGAGGAGGGAGCAGACUUGAUAAAUCGUGAAACAGCACACGAGAGGGAGACCAGGGCCGCCCUGCACAUCAGCCAGUCGUGCGAAGAUCUCUCCCUGAGUGAAGCGUUGCCCGAGCUGGAAAAAACCAUCACUCAGCGCAGGUCGGACUUUUUCCCGCUAUCGCCAUCUCCGUCGCCCACCCGUGGCAUCGGCAAGCAACUGUACUCCCCGUCACUGCAAGCGCCCGUCAGCCCCAGCAGGGCCCCGAGUCCUCGCCGCUUCACCACAAAACGAAGUGCGAGUCCCAUCAGCCACAUUCGCCCCAGCACCCUCGGAUCGCUCAAGAGGAAAGCCGACUUUGAAGUGGAUCACACCUCCAAGCGCCUUUUUCUUGGUACCGGCGACUUGGAGUUCAACUUCACAUCGAGCAUGCUCAACCAGAGCCUGUCGCCCUGCAGCAGCAGCGAUUGCCGCCCGUCCCCGGCCACGUCCCCACACGUGGACACCCCCAGCCCCGCCCCCAGUCCCGCCCACGCCCCGCUCUCAUUGGCCGCUCUCUCCCCGGACACCGACCCCGGCCGCUCCCCCAGCCCCGCCCACACCACUCUCUCAUUGGCCGGCUCCGCCUUCACGCCGGUGUCGCGAUGAAACGUUUCCGAACCCUGCGGAGUUCGGAUGGCUCCCCGCAAGCGCGCCCUGUCGCGGUCGAGCGCGACCGUGGGGAGGUGAGGUGAGCGUCGGGUAUAGGAGGCAACGCAAACAAAAACAACAAAAAUAACGACGAGGGUUGGCGACUAAUUAUUUUUUGGUUAGCGAAAGGGAUUUCGAUCCAGGGCAGUGCGACGGUUUGUAAUCCUGUAAAUAAAAAUAGAAAUAAUCCGUCCACUGACUUUCUAAAUCCCGGCCUACCAUCUCCCUGAUCACGUGUCAUCACCAGAGGUUAUUUUCCCUACCGUGCACCGACCACCAUCGUCUUGAUGUGGCUGGUUCCCACAAAUGCACAACGCACCAUGAUACAGCUGUCGUGCCAUCUCCCACAAUGCAUCCUGAUGUAGCUGUAGUGGCAGCUGUCACAAUGCACUGCGCGUCAUUAAAUUGCCUUAAAAAAUACGGCAAGCAUCACUCAGCCAUGUCAGUAGAGGACGCUGCAGUGGCACUCGAGGCAUGUGACCAUGUGUUUAAAAUGAUUUCCGUAGCAAAGCCUCAAACUGGAGUCGUACCACCAAUCAACAACGUUGGUAUACAAGCUGUAGUGCGUGGACCCCUGGUGGUCUGCAAGGCCGUGGGAUGCACUCUGCUGAACUGUUGCAGACAUUCCGAUUUAGAAUUGUGUUUAUGUUGAACAAUAUGUCAUUGGUGCACGGUGGUCCGCGCAAAUUAUUUGUAGAAAUUUUGAGAACGACUUGCUGGCCUAGACGAUAAAAUAGGCCUGGCUGUCUAUCGACGAAGUUGUAACCAUUUGAUAAUUUUUUUAGGGUUGCCAUCUAUCUUUAUUUAAUCUCUGCACAUGCUUGGCUUGCAGUCUCCCCAUGCACAGCUUGAGGAAGGCAUUGCCCAGCAAGCGAGCAUACACUUACCAAGAAUACUCGCCACCCCCAGCAACCUCGGGCAAAGCCGUCCGAGGAACACGCGCGGGGGUAAUUUUGACGGUUUAUUGUCGACCGAUUUUAGAAAGUACGGCUUAUUUAUUGAAUGUCACUGAUUUGACGCGCAGACACACGAAACAGAAUGCAUCAGCGUCGCGCAUCUCGGCGUGGGUGAGAGAGUCCGUUGGUCCGGGCCCGGCCUGCGCCAUGCCAUAUUUACGGCCAUUUCUACCCCCAUCAGGAAAAGGGGGUCAAGCAAUUGGUCUCAGGCCUAAUUGGUUGACGCACCCUUUGGCCGUGUAAAAAAAAGCCACUACGUGAUUACACUAAUGAUAGCCCCGCAUCUUUAAAGCGUCCGAAUCGUACGUCCGAAAUCACGGAACUGCUCUUAAUUACCGCCGCCUUCUCAGGGAAUGACCCGUUGAGCAAGGUGAAUGUUGCGGGUGACGAUUCCUCAUCGGAACGGUAGCGACCUGAGGACAAGGACGACCCAAAAAAACGUUGAGCGGCAGCCAUCGCGAGGCACCUGCGGCAGGCCUAAGUAGUCGCCGCGCGGCAAGUGUGCCCUCGUUUCUCGGUUAAAAGAAGGUAAAGGCGAAGCAAUGCAGAAUGCGUGCUCACGACACUACCGGCAGAAAAAAAAUCUCCAGAGGGAUCUCUGGAGAGCCUCCCUCGAGAUGGUAUUACGGCGGAUCGCUGACGAACUGCUUUCUUGAGCUGAGCGGCACAAUGACACAGCACGCGGGAUGAUGCAGUAACGCGGCGGCGUACCCUUAGUUACUUACCCCGCCACCUCGCCGUGUUGUGCGUUGCAGUACCUCACACGUCGCCAAAACUUCAUCGAUCAUUGAACUAUUUGUGGGGGUUUUUGCGUCACGUUUUUUUUUCCCCACUUAAAGUGGCACUUCUGCAGGGGCGCGUCUGCUGCGUUAAAGGAGGGCUUGGCGCGGUGUCGACUUGGGCUCUGUAACCCUCCACCAACCUGGCGGGGCCAGAUGACCCAACUGGCACAUGUUGUGCCCGCUUGGCCACUUGUCUGGCUGGGGGGCUAUGGCUGCAAUUGACGUCUUACGCCCGCGCGGCUUGACCCAACGUAACCCAGUUAUGAAUCGCGAUGUUGGUCGACGAAUUAAAUCGAGUACGAUGCAAUCAGUCGUCGGGUAAUUUGCUAUGGGGGAAAGACAAAAAAGCCAUCGGGGAGCCCUUGGGUCUGCCACCUUUUGCCGCACCCAAAGGCCGAUUGCCUGCUGAUUUCACGUAACAUUUACUCGCGCAAAUUCUAAAGUCCCGCCUCGCCCAACAUAAGUAAUUUUUGUUAAUUACUUACAGCCCUUUUGUCAAUCCGUUGACAGGUGAAGGGCUUCCCACGCCGCAUCAGUCGGGGCGGGGCGGGGCGGGGGGGGGGUUGCUUGACCAUACUUCACCAUACUGGUCACUGCCGGUUGGUGAAGGGGGCACCCGAGGACCGGUUCGUAUAUACCGCUCGCCACCUAUGUCGGCCCUGGCUGGGAAUUUAACUCGGCCCGCGGCGAGUUCGUAGCGCCGCGCGGUAAUGACCACGGCAUCAACUUCAACCCCUCCCGCCGGGGUCUUCACUCAAGCGAGGCCUCAGUGGGCCGUUAGGUCACGUUGGGUUCUUUACGUGUGAAAACACCCCACCCAUCAUCAUCAUCAUCGCGCUGCUGUCGAGCCCCCAGUGGUUUCAAACGUGUGGCGGCCCUCACACCGAUGAUGUCUUAUCGGCGAAAGUGACCCGCCCCCCUCUGAUAAUGAGUGAAGAACGCUGAGCUACGUCGCGCCUCGAGCGAAGGUGGGUCGCGAGCCACCGUAAUGGUUUUACGAUCUGCCGCUUUGUACCGUGCGCUCCUGUAGACGACGCUGUGCUCGCAUGUCUGCUGCAAAAAUCGCCGCGCGUCCGUCGGCCGUUUUGUUCGAGUGCAGCGAGUUUUUUUUUUAAUUCGUUUUGUUUUUGUUGCGUCUUUUCCCCCCCCGCGGUGUUAUCCCGACGGUGUGCUAUCGGUGUCGCGUCGCGAGAUGUAGAAUCCGUUGAGGUCUCUCGCGGAGCCAGUGGUCACCCUCGUGUGGGAGAACGGCCCGCGGAAGCGGAUAACACGGAGCUACCACUGAGGUCCCUUUUAAGCGGCCUCUGAGAGUAUUGCCCAUCGGGUGACAGUCGAACCAAUGCUUUGUUUAAUUCUCACAGCUGGAAGUUUAAAACCAAAUUCAUUGUUACGUUUUUUUUUUAAUUAUGUGCAGCCAUUGGUGACUGGGGCUCAGUCCGUCCACUCGCCACGCUUGAGAACUUGGGAUGAACCCAGAAUAUCGGCGGUGCCAGCUCAACGCUCUGACCUUGCCACCGGGGGGCCGCCUCUUUUAGCACGAUCUUUGAACCGUUCAGGGAGGCCACGUUAGCUACCGUGGGCCACCGCUCCCGAGUCCUUGCCUCUUGGCCCGUGGCCCAACCGCGCCCUUGAGCUGAGGUCUAUGCGAGACGUCGCAGGCUGCCGUAUGCAUCGAAUACUCCGUCUUUCGAUAAAGGUGGAACGCGAUUAUGUUGCAGAAAAAAGUAAGAGUAAUACCCGUAUUUAAACGCUUGUACGAUAACCCAACAUUAAUUUAACACUUGUCUCGAAGAGCAAUCGUAUGGGCCUCAUUUAAUUUUCCCACGUAGUUUUCCAUGCCAAAAGCACAGGUCACCAAAGAGCUCAUUCCCUAAAACAUCGCUCAACAUUUCUAAAACAUUUCCACAAAAAUGAGUGUUCUCGAACAAGCGAGUGUUGCACCAGUGCUCGUGUCCAUUUGUAGCCCUGAACCAAUGUUGGAAAUUCCACAGUGGUACGCCAGAGGCUAGUCUAUCCUAGCACAACCACAAAGUGGCACCGCUCGUUUUACCAACCACGGAGGGAUGGUGGGUCGAGCCGGACCUCAACCAGGAUUCGAACGUCCGACUUCCUGACCGUGAGCUCUCUGACCCCUGUGCCACUCGGCCAAUGUCAACAUGAACGUGAUAAUUGUUGCAAACAACUGUUAACAGUUGCCCCCACCUAACGUCGCCCAUAGACCUUGACAGUUGAGAACAUCUUGUCAAAGGUAACGAUGCAUCUUAUUUGUGUGUGACUGUGUCUGCGUGCGUGCGCGCGCGCGAGUAUGUACAAAUGCUCACUGUGUUUUUCCUUGCUUGUGAAAUGGUACCCUUGUUUUAAUGUUGCUCCUUUGCAGUGCAUUUCCAUUGUUUUGAAUUCCGACGAAAACUUAAAUUGCAAUGCCACAUUCGGCCACGCGCGAAAUCCGGGUUGGACGACUGGCGCGGAAAACGCUGCGGCACAAGCGAAAUGUGAGAGAGCCACGAGGCCCAACACAGAUGGGAGCUCGGCAAUGGAUCAUUUGAGAGUUGAGUUGGGCCCUGAGUUGGGCCCUGAGUUGGGCCAUGAAUUGGGCCGUGAAUUGGGUCAAGAGUUGGGUUGCGAGUUGGGCCGUGAAUGGGUUGAGAGUUGAGACGUGAGUUAGGCCAAGAGCUCGAACUUUCCGGGCCAGUCUCGCACGUGCAGCCGCGCCCCAAUUCACUCCGUCAGAAUAUCCGUGCGCAGGGGAAAUUCGUCGCCAGACCUGUGACAAUCAAGCAUUGCUGUGGGUGGUGGGAACGUUUGAUUUUUAACAUUUAACAUCAUGAGCAAUGCGGUCCCUACCCGUUAAGCGUUUCUCGGAACCACCUCUGCCCAACUCGCACGAUAAUUCAAGUCCCCGGAAAAAUCAAGGAGGCGACACCUUUUUUGCGCGUGUUUUAAAUCACCCCGGGUUGCCUUUCAAAUUGACUUUUAGAAAUCCGGCAAAUCCAGUGGGCUCGAGUUGGCUCGAGUUGACUCUCGCACGGGGGCAACUAGGUGUUUGGUGAAUGUAUGUAGAAAUUAAAUCAUUUUGUAGAGAUGGCUGGGUCGCGCUGUGGCAUUAACCACACUGGGUGGAAUGACCUCUCUCCGCUUCGACGUUUGCCGUGGCUGGGAAGGUGAUUAACAUCACGUCGCCCCGUUCCGCCGUUGGCACCGACACUGGUAGGGCCCGAGUUGCCUCCCCAGAACAUAACCCCGGGCAGCAUUUGGCGGGGUUUGAUAAUACAAAAAAACGUCGUUGGACGCGUUUACUUAAAUGGUUAAUAAUUCGUGCCGACAAUUCCGUCGACAUUCGUCGUGAUGUCUCUGUAUAUAUUAUUAUUAUUAUCGUGAUUACUAUUGCUGCUGCUGUCUUUAUCGCAUCUGCCGUUGUUCUUAGUUGGCGUCUUAAGCAUUUGCUAACGAGUUCUUCGCCGAUUGUAAAUAGAAUUGCGACGGCAAUUAACGAGGAGGGCGGGAGGGGGGCGGUGGGGGGGGAAGGCAAGCUGAUCGGUAGAUUAAGGGGGGAGAUCGGCAAGGCCGCCAAAACCGAAUAAAAACUGGAAUGAACAAGA